CGCCGAGUUGAGCAAAUCCCUUUCAUACCCCGCACUCUCUCUAGGACACAAACUACCAACGAACUGUAUAGCGGCUGCGUGAACCGCUUCACCAAAAUGUCCACGACGUCCCUAGCUCGUGCCGCGCGCUGCACCGGUGCCAGCACCUCCUACAGCGUUUCUCGUAAAGCUGCGGCUGUUCCCCAGUUGCUGAAGCAGCUGGCACGCUUCAACCCAAACCAGCUCAGCAGCUAUGCGGGCGUCAAGCUGCUCCUGCCUGUGCAAGGUCGCCGAACGAUGCUUCCGCAGGGGUCGGCAGCAGCCCGCAAGACGGUCCAAAUGUCCUUCCUGGGCGUGGGCGCGCCGGAGGCCAUCCUAGUCGCGGUCGUGGCGCUGGUGGUCUUCGGCCCUAAGGGCCUCGCGGACGCCGCCCGCAGCGUGGGCUCGGCGCUGCGCACCUUCCAGCCCACCAUCAAGGAGGUAGUGCAGGUGAGCCAGGAGCUCAAGGGCACCCUGGAGUCGGAGCUGGGCAUCAACGAGCUGCGCGAGGCGGCGCGGCCCGCGCCCCGGCCCGUGUCGGAGGCCACAGGUGUGUCGGACACCAUGGCUAAGGUGCUGGACCCGGAGAUCGAGGCCAAGCGCGCCGCCGCCGCCCAGGCCGCCUGGGGCGCCGCCGGCGCCGCGCCGGCCGCCGCCGAGGCGUCGGCGGCUCCCGCGGCUCCGGCGGCGGCGCCGGCCGCGGCUCCCGCUGCCGCCGCCGCCACCGCGGCUGCCCCCGCGGCGGCCGCCGCCCCUCUCAAGGACUUGUCGGCUAUGUCCAUGGAGGAGCUGGAGGCGGAGCUGGCCCGCCGCCGCGCUUCCUCGGAGAAGCGCGCGUAAUGAGCACCAGGACAGCACGCAGGCGCUGCUGCUACUUGCUGCUAAUGAAGCAGUUGCAGCUAAUGAAAUGGAAUCAGCUGAUGCGGUCCAGACGACAUGGGGCAUCGGCAGGAGGAGGCGGCAACGGGGGCAAGCGACCGGUAUGCCGGGUGCCUUGGCAGACGCCUCCGUGGUGUCUGGACAGGCGGGCGGCGACGAUUGUCCUGGGAGAGAGCGGGACAUGGGCUUUGCGGAGCUAGGACGGCUCCAUCACAGGCGAGGGGUCAGGCCAGGCGGCCGCACACUCUCGGGUUUGGAGCGGAGGCUCGCAGGGGAAGUUUGCGCCGGCGGCGGCGGCGAGCAUAGCACUCGGUUGGCGGCGGGUGGCGGGCUGGCGGCGCUUGCUUGGCGUGCUGCGGGCUGCCUGGAGGGCGGAGAGGCCAGGGCGUGGCAUACAGGGGAGGGGUUUAGCUAUCGUCAGAUGUGCGGUACCGCAUCGCGCGGGGCCGUUUCGUCCAUAUGCGGCAAAGGCGCGUUUUGUCGUGAGGCGCCAAUCGGCUGCUCGGGGGCGCGCGGGGUGGAGGAUGCCUACAGUACCUUGCGUUUACGUUGUUCUAUGGAGGCGUGUUGAUGGUGUAUACGCCACGAACAAUUGCGUGGCUUUAUCGGGAACAUCGGGAAAUACGACAUACGAGGAAAGUGCAUGGGCGCAGUUGGCGCGGAGGAAGAGGAACUGGCAAGCGGGAAAGGCGGGGCUUUGAUGGAAGUAUUACGGUAGGCGAUGGCCGUGCGUGUGUGGACUUGCCGUGGCGCGGAGGUGAGGCCGGUGGCAUCGACCCGCAUCGACUCGCCACUGAGUGGCCGUGGGCACAUAAUGCGCCACACACACGUGACACACACUCAGGGGUGCACACGCCCGAUUCGUAAGAGGACGCAACAGCCGGGCGCAACAGGGCGGCUGGUCAUGGUGUAAGCGCCUGAGAGG